CUCGCACCGAACUGUAACGGAGAGAAUAUGACAUAUACUGGACGAUUCCAUUUGGGUCGUGCUCCUGCGUAGUCAUAAGAAGAACUCAAAAUGAAUGUGCAAAUAUGAAGGACUGAAGAUAGUGAGAGCUAAACAAAAACAAGAGCAGAAGAGAAGUACCAGAGAAAUGGAAAUGGAAUCUUGUUCACAAGUAGAAACGAAAGCAAGUUGAGGCUGAACGAUACAUCAUGUGCAUGGACACCUGAUAUCGAAAAGUACUAAGACCUCGCCCUCGUAUCCAACCGCUUACAGCCUCAGAGUGACGCUGCAUCCUUCAUUGGCUGAAGACGUGAAUGAGGCUGCAUCGCGAUCAAUAGCAGACCAGACUGCAAUACGAAGAAGAUUAUAUCUUCCAAUCAACAACAUACCCCGCGAUCUGUAACGAUCAAAUGAGAAUCUUGCGUGAUGCAGUUGAAGAUGUUUGGAGAGAAAGACGGAGAUCUGAUAUGUCUGCGAAAGUUAACGGUGCUGCUGCGCCGGCAGAUGCAUCUUCUCUCGCUCCUAGGAAGCUGAAGAUAUUAAUGCUUCACGGAUAUACCCAAAACGGCACCCUCUUCCACUCCAAAACCCGCGCCCUAGAAAAAGCUCUCAACAAAGCCUUCCCACCGACCAAAGUCUCUCCCCUCUUCUCCUCCUUCCCCGGCGGGAUCCAGCUCCUCUACCCCACCGCACCGCUCAAACUGCGUCCAGCCGAUAUCCCCGGUUUCGACCAUGGCUCCGACACCGAGCCCGACGCCUGGGGAUGGUGGGUGCGGGAAACGGGUUCGGGGCUCUACACUGGGCUCGAUGACGGCUUCGCCACCAUCCGGGACUCUAUAAAGGAGAUGGGCGGUAUAGACGGAGUCAUAGGAUUCAGUCAGGGGGCUGGAGCUGCUGCGUUUGUGGCUUCGCUGCUCGAGGAUGGACGUGAAGAGUUCUUUGCAAAAGAUGCUAAUGCAUAUAAAUAUCCCGCUGGUUGGAAAGAGCUGAAAACAGAAUUGGGACAAGGACCACUAAAGUUCUGCGUGAGCUACAGUGGGUUCUAUGCUCCGCACGAGGCUUAUAGGUCGUUUUAUGAGCCGGAGAUCAAGACGCCGGUGUUGAAUGUUAUUGGGAGUUUGGAUAGUGUCGUGGACGAGGGGAGGAGUACGGGGUUGGUGGAGAGGUGUGCGGUGGGGACAAGAAAGGUGGUUUAUCAUCCUGGGGGCCAUUUUGUGCCGGUUGGGAAGGAUAUGAUGGGGGUUUUGAUUGGGUUUAUUAGGGAGUGUUGUAAGGAUAAGAAGGUGGAGGAGAGUGUGGAGGAUAUGGAUGUGCCGUUUUGAGGUACUUGGAAAAAGAGGAGGCUAAGGGAUAGAGCGUAUGGGUAUAUAGAUUAUAUUUUCUGGCAUAGCACGGCGUCGUGGCAUAGAUGGAUAAAGGGUCAUGUCGAUCCAUUGAGAUACCUAGAAUCUAGACUAGUGUACAACGGUAUCAUGAAGAAAUCAGACUAUUAGCACAUACAAAGAUCUUCCUCUAAUGUGCCUUCCCAGUUUUGGACGCCUUUGGAGCCUUUGCUG